AAAUAGCUUGGUAAACAUGGCAGCCCACACAGCUACAUGAAACUGACUGACAACCCGAAAAAUUGAGGAUGACUGAUAUUUUGCUGGAUGGUUAGCUGAUGACAGGCUUGAUUACAGAACUGAAACAUCCUGCAGACCUGGUUUUGACAUUUCAUUUGUUCUAGGUACCUUUAUGAUACCUGUAGGUAUCACUUGACCAGUAGUAACCAGCCUUCAUCAUGCCGCCAGCAAGAGGGGUCAAGAAACCGAAGGAGGACAAGAGUGACCAUAGGAUCCUUGCCAAUCGCUAUCGAGUAGAGAAGAAACUUGGUAGUGGUAACUUUGGCACAGCGUUCCUGGUGUUUGACAUGAAGGCCAAUCCUGACAAAGGCGAAGAAGAAUGGAAAGUAUUAAAAGAGAUCUCCUGUGGAGACUUGGCACCAGAUGAAACGGUAGACGCCAUGCACGAAGCCAAGCUCCUCUCCAAGCUCCAUCAUCCAAACAUUGUCAAAUUCUACGAUAGCUUCCUUGAUGGAGAGUUCUUCUGUAUUAUCACAGAAUACUGUGAGGGAGGAGACUUGGAUGAUAAGAUUACAGCAUGGAAGAAAGCAGGGAAGAAAUUUGAUCAGAAUGUCAUCAUGGAUUGGUUUGUUCAGCUAGCUUUAGCUGUACAACACAUGCAUAAAAGGAGAGUACUACAUAGAGAUCUGAAGACCAGAAACAUCUUCCUGAAGAAGAACAUGAUCAAGAUUGGUGACUUUGGAAUCUCAAGGGUGCUGAUGGGGACCACCGACAUGGCCAGCACAUUCACUGGGACGCCUUACUACAUGAGCCCAGAGGUUCUCAAGCACGAGGGAUACAACAGCAAAUCUGACGUCUGGUAA